AUGGCAGAAGAGAGUGCAUUGAUGUCGGCUCUCCAAUUCGGCGUAACCACCGUUGUUUCAAUAUCUCUAGUUGCUUAUUCAACAGCUAUAUGCGGAAAACAGAAAAAGAAAGGCGCGAUGCUUGAAUCGUCGGAUUCCGCAAAAGGAGCCGGUGGAAGUACUGGCGGCGGUGGUGAAGUCAAGGCUUCACCGUCGAAUCCAGCAGUUCCAGCACCAAAAGCUCCUGCUAAUCAGAAUGCAAUUGCUGGUACACACGAUCCAAACUAUCAGACGUUGGCCGGGGUUGACGCGAAUGUUUUCGGAGCUGACAAGAAGGCAGGUGGCGCUGGCGGCGCUGGCGGAGGAGCACCGCCAAACGCGCCGAAGCCCGGCGGUCCUGGAAUGGCGGCUACACACGAUCCUAAUUAUCAGACGCUUGCUGGAAUUGGAAAUGACUGCUUCGGAGCUGAUAAGAAGGCUGCGGGUGGUGGAGGUGGCGGCGGUGCUGGUGCGCCGAAGCCAGGAGGACCCGGAAUGGCUGCUACACACGAUCCCAACUAUCAGACAUUGGCCGGAAUUGGAAACGACUGCUUUGACAAAAAAUAA